AUGCCCCUUCUUCGAUCACUGGUGCUCAGGGGCCUACCAUUGAGCGUUGUACUAGCUACAGGGACAUUCUUUUAUACAAUACGUCAUACAGAGAAGGUGCCACUUACAUCUGGGAUUGACACUUUCACAUCUCAAUAUUACACGCAAUACAAUCCCAACAACAAUCCAGCCAUAUAUGAUCUUCACAUCAGGCGAAUCCCGAUCUCGCAGGUUGAUCCAACCCUCCUUCAGCACAAUGAGCGUUUACUCGAACGAUACUGUGGUGGAGUAUGGGCUGGACUAGGAUUCGCAUUCCAACGUAACCUUCUCACAUGGCUUUCGAAGAACCAGGUCACAUCGAAACACCAACUUUGGUCCCCGAAGGAGCUUCGAGAGUCGGAAUACAACACAGGGACAGUAAUCACCGACGAGUUCAUCGUCCUCGAUAAAACUCAGAGCUCAAUAUUGAUACGCGGGGGGGACAAGGUGACCAAGACUGAACUUCGGCCUUUGGAUGGGCUCAUUGAACUGAGUGCCGUUGUCAAGCCUGAAGAAGAUGUGGUUGAGUUGAGAUUCAAAUCGAUUUUCUUUCAAGGGGAAGGGAAAACCAGCAAGAUGCCAAUGCCGACGCCAAUAGUCUGGCUGCAUGAGCAGUAUGCCAGAGCAAUGCUUGAAUCGGGGGCAUACGAUGUCCUUAAGACCUCAUGA